GGCAUUGGUUGUGACAGGGAGGUUAAGAGGGUUGAGAAAAAUCUUUUUUUCUUGAGUGUGAGUUUCGAUUUUUGAGAUGGCUGUUGUCGCCGAUCCGAGAAAAUUGCUCCUUCCAGACCCGGAAGAGAAGAAAACCGUUCUGUAUGACAAAUUUACACCCCUCUGCCUAGCGAGUAUCUUAUUCUUAGGCGUUUUAGCAUCCAGACGGUUCAACAGGAAACCUGUGUUCUCUGGUAUACAACAUCAUAUUAUGGCUGUGGUCGGAGGAUGGGUGGUAGGUAAAGCAUUACACAACAUGAUGGAAAAUCACAAUGCAGAAAAAGAUGCAAUCUACAGGCAUUAUAUCGAUCUCCACCCUGAUGACUUUCCCACACCACAAAGAAUAAAAGUAGGCGAGAAGUUUGGGCCAUGGACUCCGAUUCGUUAAUUCUAGUCUGGCCCAGUUCGGAAGAAUGUAAAAAGGUUUCAUGUUAUCAAUGUCUCAAUAGUUAAAUAUUUAAUUAUAAAUAGUUUAAAUAAAUUGUUUUUGCUUAUACCCUA